GUGUCUCUUUCGGCCCGCGCUGCUCUCAUGUCGGCGGUUUACGGUAAAUCCCUGCGGAUCAGAGGCAGCAGUUUGGCCGGAGCCACGCUGGGGGAAGUGGUGAAUCUGAUGAGCACCGACACCGGACGCGUGGUCAACUUCUUCAACAGUUUCCACGAGUUGUGGAGCCUCCCCUUCAGGCUGACCAUCACCUUGUACCUGCUGUACCUCCAGGUGGGGGUGGCGUUCCUCGGGGGGCUCAGCGUGGCUCUGAUGCUCGUGCCUUUCAACAAGUUCCUCGCCACAAGACUCAUCAGAAACAACCAACACAUGCUCCGACACAAGGACACACGCGUGAAGUUAAUGACGGAGGUCCUCUUCGGCAUUCGGGUCAUCAAGUUCUACAACUGGGAGCCUCAUUUCACGCAGAAGAUCAACGCCUGCCGUAAAGAGGAGCUGUCCCACCUGAAGGCUCUGAAGUACCUGGACGCCAUGUGUGUUUACACCUGGGCGGCUCUACCUGUGGUCAUCUCCAUCCUCACCUUCCUCACCUACACCCUGCUGGGGCACCAGCUCACUGCCGCCAAGGUGUUCACCACGCUGGCUCUGGUGGGGAUGUUGAUCAUUCCCCUCAACUCGUUCCCCUGGGUGCUGAACGGCAUCCUGGAGGCCAAGGUGUCUCUGGAGAGGAUCCAGCGCUUCUUCAAACUGACCAACCAGGACCUGCAGGCGUACUACGCUCUGGUGUCUCCUGAAGACGGUCAGACGUCCAUCCUGAUGAGCCAGGGGACUUUUUCCUGGCAGGAUCCAGACGGUCCGGACCAGAACGAAGACAGAGGAACUGAUCCUGGAGAGUCCAAAGGAAGUCUGCGGCUGCACAGCCUCUCUCUGCACAUCACCAAG